AUGGUCGAUCUCGACGAUCACCCUGAACAUCCAAAAUCCUGCCUUCUGCGACACUCAAAUGGCAGGCCACAAUUAGCCCCUCAAGACACGUCAAAGUGGUCGUCAAGCUCCUGGACAAUGCGACCCGGCUUGGGUAACCCGGGCGCGCUUCCACUGCUGGCCUUGGUCGUGUUCUCGCUGCUCACGUUGGCCCUGUCGCUAUCGAGCAUCUACAAGUUCGCCGAUUUCCCAUACGGCCCUCGCCGUACAGGUCCCUCUCAUCCAGGAAAGCAUCUCCGAUCCGCCGCCCGAGCAGCUCCUGGACAGCCGCAAUGCCUGGAACUUCGCGCCGUCGCGGCGGCGCCCAAAUCGUCCGCGGUCUUCCCGGGCGAAUGGCCCGGUGAUGCCCCCGGCAAGACGGCGUCCGCAUCGAAUGCCAGCCGUUUCGCCUAUUCCUCCGAUUCCUCAUUCACGUUCACCCGCCGCGCCGGCGAGUUCCGCACAUACGUUGUUCAGCAACUAGACCACUACCAGCUUCUCACUCCGUUCGCCAACCGCAGCAGACCGACCGCCCUGCCUGCGUCAAAUCCUAAUACAACCCUCUCGAACGCCACUCCUCUCCCGACCCCGCUGCACAAUUCAUCUGAUUCGCCUUCGUAUACGAUCUAUUCCCUCUCAUCUUCCACAUUCGGAAAUUUUGAGCUCCCUUCAUGGAGUGCCGCGUGGCAGCAGGCCUGUCAUGCUGCGACAGCCCUGUGGGACAUUCCGGAGAACGCCCCCGCGGCUAUCAAAUCCGUGAUCAAGUCCGGGGCAAGCUACACCACAUCUGUUUUCUCAAAUUUCCAGUCAGAGGCUACAGCCCCGGGAAUGUCAAAUUCACCAUCUGAGCCGCAAUCGGUCGAUUGCGCCUACGGGCCGGAUUAUGUGGAUAAAUCGCAUAAUCCAUCAAUGAACCAGAAUACGGACGCUGCUGGCCGGCAUUCGACAGAGCUGCGCAGCAGCUGUAUGGCUGUGGUUAUCGGCCUGAUUGUUGGAAUUGCCUGGUUCUAG